AUGGGCGUCUACCGGCUUCAUAUCCACCCGCUCAGCCGAUUCCCCGGUCCCCGGCUGGCCGCCAUGACAGGGCUAUAUGAGAUAUAUUUCGCAGCGCGGGGAGAGGGAUCCUUCGAGCACGAAAUCCGCCGAUUGCAUCGAGAAUACGGACCCGUGGUCCGCAUCACACCAGACGAGGUGCACGUCCAAGAACAGCCAAUGAAUUUAACCGACUGCUGGGUCAAAGGAGCUUCUGUCGGAGAAGUGCGAGAGAAACAACGAGAACGCGAUCGAAGCACAAGCAUGCAGCAGCAUCAGCAGCGACUAUUCCUCAUCCGCAAACGUCAAGGCUCGCCAGUCCGCUCUCUCCUCCUCCGCGUCGAAGUCGACUAUCUCCUUGCGAUUCUAGUGCAAAGACACGGGUUGCACAGGCUCGUCAGCUCCAGGUCUCGGACCAUGCCGAGGACAGGUCACCGAGCCGGAGUCUCGGAACAAACAUGA